AUGAUUUUACUUUUUGCAAUUAUUACAGAAAUCAUAGCAGGUUUGUGAAUUUAACAUAUUUUUAGAUUUCAUUUUACCUGAUCGUGCUAAUCCAAUAGUACCUUAUAGAAAUAAUGAAGAUGCUUAUACUUUUUACGAUAUUUUCUUAUCAGUGAGCACAAGAAUUUCUUCAAAUGGAAGAUUAUAAAUUACCUUCCCUCAAGAAUUUGAUGGAACAUAGUUGCGUCUUCUAUAAGAUGACAUUAUGGGAGUAAGGAACUUCAUAUGAUAUUUAACUAGGCAGCUAAUAUAGACAAGGAAUGCUAUAUUGAAUACACAUUCUCAACUACCACAAGAUGCAUACCUUAUGUAGAGCCAGCAGUGACUAUACCAGCAACAAAUUAUUAUUCAGUGAGCAAUAGAACAAUUACAAUAUAUUUUGGUACAGAACCUCUGAAUGCUGGUAGCUAGAAAGUCAGAAUAAAAUAUAACAAAAAUCCAGUAGGAUUAGGAGGGAAAUCAAGUGGUUUUCUUCAGAUUAUAACUUUAAGAGAUACAGUUCCAGUGGACUAGAAUUUAAAUUUUGGUACUGUUGGUUUCGCUCCUGUUUAUAAGAAACAUACAAUAGGUAUGUAUAAAUUAAAAUCAAUUAGCUUCUGAGGGUCAAAUAAUAAACGAUGGUUCAAAAUUAGGAGGUUACGUUACGAAUUAUGUUAUUUAGUUUACUACACAAAUAGAUUUAAUCAAAGGAAGUUGGUUUAGAGCUGAGAUAGCAGAAGGAUUUGAUAUAUCUAAAGUUGAAUGUGUUUUAGUAGAUACUAUGUAAAAUCUAAAUUGUCAAGUAGAAGGAAGAAGAAUAUAUUUUAGUGCUAUAGAUGCUGCCUUACCCGCAGGGUAACACAAAGUGAAAUUGAAGAAUGUUAUUAACCCAUCUGCAUCUGGAGAUUCAGAUCCAUUUAUCUUUGAGACUUUAGAACCUUUAGUUAAUACAGUCAUUGAAUACUUUAACGUAGGUGUCACAACAAUCACCCCUGGGUAGAUCAUUAAUCCAUCAAUUGCUGGAGCUCCUUUAAAUUAAAAUUUAAGAAUUGAUUACACUAUCAAAUUCACUCCUUAAAAUAAAAUUCCUUACACAGGAAGAAUUGAAUACAUCAUUCCAACUGGAUUUACUUUGGAUCCAACAUGUAGAAUAAUUUCUGGGUUAUCGCAAAAUGGAACAACACCAAUUUCUUGUGUAACUAGUGGUCAGAAGAUAACAAUAACGGACUUUGCAUCAUUUUCGCCUUAAGAAAUUACUCUUAAAAUUUAUGCAGUUAAUCCUCCAAUUUCAAAAUUAUACUAAUUUUGCUAAAUUUACACCUAUUCAACCUUUGGUAAGGUUCCUGUCAUAAGUGGGUCAAGUAGUAAUUAUAAAGGAAUUGAUUAAAAUUUGGAAGCUGGAUCCAUUCAAAUAUCUUCAAUUUAAAGUCCUUACUUUGUCGCAAUUGACUUAUAUAAACAAAUGCAAAAUAUCUCUUUGGAUAAAACAGGACCCCUAGAUUUUCGACUAUAUCCAAUGCCUUCCAAUUAAUUAAAAUUGACUACUUCACCAACAAGUUAUGGUAGCAUUUACUUUUAGAUACCAUUAUGGUGGAGGAUGAGUGGAUAAAACUUCAAUGGAUGGAACGUAGUUGGUAGCACACCAACUUGUAAUUUUGGAGCAGAUAUAGCAUCAACUUGCAGUUAUUAUUUAUAAAGGUAUAGUUUUAAGACUCCCUCUUCAACGAACUAUUUGAAAUAUGAUCCAAGCACAGGACUUAGUAAUUGCGAUCUACCAAUUUCAGUGGCUGUUUCUCAAAUUACACCAAUUCCUGGAAGAUUUGAUUUCAGAGUUUUAACAUUUAAUGAUGGAAUUUAUAGCACUUUUGAUUAAAAACCAUUAGAAUAAGAUUUAUAUACAAUGGAAAUAGCUGCAGAUUAAUUUAUUUAACCGAAUACUUAUAUAAAAUGUACAUCAGUUGAUUAAGUGGAUGCUGAUAUGGUAUGUUAUUCAAAUGUGGUUGUAAUUUUGCCAAUUCCAUAUGAAGGUUCAAUUAAUUUCAAUAUGAGCACAGUAAACUCAACUUAUGAGUCAUCUGCUGCAUGGCCUAAUGAUCUAGGAUUUGGGUUAGGAAAUGAUGGGAAAAAGAGAAUACCAUGUUAUGUAAGCAUCAGAACUAGUCAUCCCAAUGUUCAAUGUUGGGUUUUCUCAGGGGGAACAACUAGAAAAUAUGCUAUUUUAUAAGUAAGAGGAUUCAGCUCAAAAAUAAACACAGGAACCAAUGUAUUUAUAGUAAUUCCAAAUGUUAAAUCAUGUACAGCUUUCGAUAUGUAAUGUUUCGUUACAGUAUCAUCAGCUUGGACAACUGAAUUAGAUGAGCCUUACACAAUGAAUUACCUUAAAUAAUCAGUAGGAUUCAUUAAAUAGGGAGAUGUUUAUAAAGAUGUAAGUACUAGUGCUCCUACAUUGGCCAAGGAUGUUUAAGAUCUAACACUUUCAGCAACAUUUUCAUCAACAAGAAAAUAGAUUUGUGAAUUAACAACAUGGACAUUGUAAUUUCAGCAUACAGAAGUGAUAACUUCAUGUAAUACAGGUACUUCGAAUUAUCCUUAUUGUCCAAAUUCAACUCCAGAUCAUAUAUUAAUAAAGUUCACAGAUAAAACGAGAUUUCCCAAUUAGUUUGGAGUAACAGCCACAAGUCCUCAUGGAGCUGUUUAUUUAAUUGAUCAUUUUCUCACAGGAGAGUAUUAUUAUUUCAUCAUAGUGAAUUCUGGAAACAUAGCUGCAAAUGGUCCUGUUUAAUUGGCGAAUAUCUAUAAUCCCAUUAUUUAUACUCCAGGAGUUGAUAUAAAAUUGAUAUACUGGAAUUAGAAUAGAAAAAUAAAGAGAAUAACUUUCCCAACAUCAAGCAUAUUUAUAGAUGGUGGCAUAUUAGGUCCACCCUAAUUUGAUAUUUUACCAUAAACUUCUGUGGGAAUGAAUGCUGAUAGAUCUUAAGUUACCGAUACAGAUUUUGAUUCUUGGAUCAUUUUUAGAGCAACAUUUACGACAUGUCACAAGAUUCCAGCUAAUGGUCUUGUUGAAUUAGAAGUUUAGAAUGGAUUAGUAGAUUACACAACAACAUGUGAGGUCUGGUCAGGAGUCACAAGUCCCCCUAAAAGAUUAGGAAACACUCAUGAAUGUAAUUUAGUGGAUGUAAGUGGAAUAAAAUAUUAUCAAUUAACUAAGUUUAAUGAGAUUCCUGUCCUAACUAAAUUCACUUUAUCAUUUAGAGGUAAAACUGGAUUAGUUUCUACUACUGCUAAUCCUAUUAGAAUUUAAACCUAUUUUGAUGCAUCUGUCCCAACAUCUACAGCUUCAAAUAUAGAUAAUUUUUAUAAUACUGCCUAUCCACCUAAUCCUGUGUUAAAUGGAAUUGAUAUCAAUGGUCCAAAGCGUUUUCCACCAAAAUUAGAAUGGAUGGACUUCAUUAUUAUUAAUGAUAAGGCAAGAGAAGGGACAAGGGGAGAAUUUUAUAUGCAUGUUAAAACAAAUCAUAACAUACCUGAUUACACAACAAAUUCAGCACCUCGAUUAGUAUUUACUUUUAACACUACAGCUAUCUCAAUGCCUAAUGGAGGUAUUCCUCAUUGUAGAUUGGAUGGUCACUUAGCAAGGUAUUGUACUUGGGCAGGUGGAGUUAUAACAAUGGCUAUGCCUUUAACUCAUGGAAUGAUAGCUAAUUAAGAACACUUAGUUAUGAUUAGUACUAGAGGUGCAGAUUAUUCAGCAACUUAUUAGGAAGGAUUACAUCAUAACAAAGCUGGAACCUACAAAUUAAAAGUAGAAACAGUUAAUACAGGAACAAAUUAGUUUAUUCGAAAGGUUAUGACAAUAGAUCCCCCUAAAUUCAGAGUUUUUUGGGUUUGGUCUGCAAAUAAAGUUGGAUAUGAUCCUGUAACUCCUUCUGCUACUCUUUAAGGAAUGUCAGUAUUUAGAUUAUACUUUACUAAUACUAUAACAAUUCCACCUUCAGAUAAUCCUGAUCCGAUUUCUAUGAUUAUUCUCUUCCACAGAACUAUUUGGCCUACUUUUACAAAUGGAUUUGAAUAAGAUUUAGGAACAGGACUACCUCAUAGGACAUAAUUACCUUGUAUUUAAGAAGGCUUUUCAUUAUUACCUGGUGUUACUUAAUUAAAAUGCCGAUUGUUUUAUGGUAGUUAUCCUAAUCCAACUAAAGUAAUUAUUACUGAUUUUGAUUAAAUACCUGUAAAUACAAAUGGUGAAAUACAUUUACCAAAUAUUUUCAAUCCUAAUUCAACAUAUGAAUUAACUAAAAUCUCAAUUUAAGUCUAAAAAACAGAUGCUAUUACUGGUACAAGUGAACUAAUUUUAUCCUCAGAUUAUGAUUUAAUAAAUGGAACUUUUGGGAGAACUAAAGAGUAACCUGGUUUCAAUAAAUUGGCAAUUGACAUACCUGCAUUAGUCUAAGACGAUUUAUAAAAUGUGUGGGCAGCAGCAGUUAAUCCUACUUUCUCUGUUGCUACAAUAGAUACAGUAGCAACACUAUCAUUAUAAUAUGGAAGUAAGGAUUACAAUAUGGGUGGAGGAGCAGAUAUGAUUUUGUUUGAAAUACCUCCUAAUUGGGAUUUACCUUAUGGACAAAUCACAUGUUCCUUCCCAGCUGGUAAUAUUUGUUAUUCUUAUCCAUUGGGUCCAUACAUAGGAUUGUAUCCAGAUUCUGGUAUUACUGCAGAUUCAUUAUAAUCUGGUUCUGUGACAAUCAAGACACCACCCUUCAAGGUUUUGGUAGCAACAUCUGAUCCACCAAUUAAGAUUUAUGUUUUCACUCGAUCUAAAUUAGUAUAUGUGUACAAGAUUGAUUUUACUUAAGUUUUAAAUGCUGUUUCAGUUACUCCAACUGUUACUUGUACUUUAUGUUUCUAUGAGACAAUAACAGAUUACACAAUUACAGUAACAAAUCCAAAAAAUAUACCUACUACUGGAGCAAUAACAAUAAAAAUACCAACAGGACUUACAAUAAGAGAAAAUGGAUGCAGGAAUGAUGUAUCCGGUGGAUCAGUGUUAUCCAAAGUUGGAUUUGAAUGUGCAUAUGAUGGAGCUAACAGUCAACUUCUAAUUACUGGAUUCAAUAAAUUUGUUGGUCCUGGUAAGAUUAUAAUCAAAGUAAGAAUGGAAAAUCCUGAUGAUACUGUGACAAUUUCAGAAAAAUGGGAAUUUAAAACUUGGUAUUUGAAUGAAAGUCCAUUGAAUAAAUUGAUUACAUAUGGAGAUGCAACAUCCCCUUCUUUAAGUGAUGCCACUGAUAUUGAAUAUUGGGACACACCAUAUAGAAGUAGAGUAAGAGGAAGAACAUCAUUAUAUGGAACUAUAGAAUUCAGAAUAAAUUUACAGAAUGAUCUUGCAGCAGGUGGUAUAUUGUAUAUCAAAUUUCCCACUCUUUUCAAUAAGAUUAGAUGUUCAUAAUAUCUUUGUUUGUGGGAUGAUACACCAUGGUUUGAUAAUCAUAAUGAUAAUUUCUUACCCGCUGAGAAAUGUUUGUAUGAUAAAGCUACUAGAAUAUUAUCUAUGUACACACCUAUAAAUACUUUAAUAAAGAAAGAUACUUUAUACAGAAUCAUAAUUGACACAUAAAAUUCUGCUGAUGGAAGUAGAGGAUUUUAAUUACCAGCAAUGAAUACUUAUACUUUUGAUAUUUAUACAACUCUUGAAUUAAAACAUAGCGAUAUCUUUGUUCCAUAAUUGAAGGCAUUUAAGUAUUUUGAAUGUGUCUCUUUGAUCACUAAUGUGAAUUCUAAAAAUAUGAUGGUAGUCAGAUUUCUUCCUGUAAUUAAUGUACCUAUUUCAUCAGGAAAUUUUGGAGGAGGUUACUUAAAAUUAUACUUCCCCACUCUUUCAGAGGAAUCAGAAUUUCUAUAUAAGGAUGAUUUAGGAACUGGGAAAAAAGAUGGGGAUCCCAUCUAAUGUUAUGCCAGAAACGGAUUUCCAGCCUCCACAGUUUUGGAAUGCAAAUUAUAUCUAGGCAAUAGGGUCUAUGGACAACAUGCUUAUAUUUUGAUACAAGGCUGGACUGGCGAUUUAACGAAUUCUCCAUCAUUUACAACUGGAUACCAAGAACUCUUUUCAAGAGUUAUUAGUCCACCUUUUACAGGAGUUGAUAAAUAUUAUGAAUUUGAUAUCGAUUAAUUCUAUACUCCUGAUGUUACUGGAGAUGACAAACACAUUGAAAUGAGAUUAGAAUCUUAUGAUGGAUCAAAUCAGCUUAUAGAAUAAAGCUUUUCUUAUGAUAUGACACUAAAACAUUAUACUCCUGCAACUGGAAGUCAACCAAAACCUACAAAAUCAUCUGAUACCUUAUUUGAUCAAUCUGUUACUUUUGAUUUGAAAAUGCAAUCAACAAUUUAACUUAAAAAUAGUGAAGAAUAUGAUUACUUUAUAUUUGAAUACACUUAACCAUUCUUUGAUCCAUAACCUUAAAAUGUCCAAUGUGAAUCAGGUUCUGUGUAUGUUUGUAGAGUAUCUUAAGGAAACAAUUGGAUUGUUGUUAAACCCUUGAAUACUAUACAAGCCUAAGCUAAUCUAAAAUUUAAAAAUAGUAACAAUCCUAUUUAAGUUCCAACAACAGGUAUUGUUUGCAAAGGAUAUGCUGUUAAAGAUAGAAUUAUAUCCACAAUUUAUACUUAUGCUGCUAUUAAUGAUUAUCUCUUACCAACUUUGGCUGCUACUGCAUAUAAUACUAUUGUCACUCCCAUGGACUAUGCUGAUAAUACUACAAUACCAAAAAGCACUCAAAUUAGAGUAAGGGUUGAAAUCACUAUUCCAACUUAAUCAAUUACUCUUCCAUAUGGUUCAAUAAUAGAUAUCUUUUUACCAACAGGUUUUGUAGCUUAUGAUUAUUCUUUAAGUACUACAGAUUCUAAUGCUAAGUUUGUUACAGCUGACAAUCUUUAAACAAGCGUAACUGCAUCUUCUACAAUUACUGGUUUUACUGGAAGACCUCAACUUACAAUAACUGGGUGGGAACCUAUCAAAGUUGGAGAAAAAAUAAUAUUUGAAACUUAUUGUAAAACAUCUACAGCUGCUAUGAGUCCUGCACUUUGGAAUUUCAAAGCUUGGAGGGAUACAGGUAGAACUAUUGAAUUAUGGACAUCUGCUGCUUCUGCUUUUAAUGUUUAAACUUAUGGGUCCUUUAAAACGCUUGAAUGGAAAACAAAAGAUCCUACUGUGGCAAGAAAAAAUUAAGUCUCUCCUUUUACUUUUUAUUUAUCCUUUAAAACAGCUCCAACUGCUAAUACUUAAAUAACUAUAAGUUUCCCAGCUUUAGCUACUGUUUCUGUUCCAGCAGGUGCUGUAUUAUAUUGUACAAUAGAAGGCACUACAGGACUAAUUCAUAAAUUUUCAUAUUGUUAUGGAACUAAUACUCUUGAUAUAAUUAUGUUGAUGCCAGUUUCACCUGUUACAUUUGUUGCAAAUACUUAAUAUAAAGUUACAAUAAGUUCAAGAGGUAAUAGUAUAAAUCAUGGAUUAUUGUUUGCAGCUAGUGGAGUAUUUACUGCAACUCUAACCUAAGAUAAUGGUGAUACUGGAAUUUUAAGAUUUGAAAUAUUACCAACAGAAUCAUUUGCAUCUACCUAAUUAAGGAUUGUAAAUUCUGGAAUAAAAAGUACAGGUUUUACUGAGACUUCUUUUUUAUUUUCAUUUACAACUUCUGUAUUAAUUCCAAAAACAGGUAAGAUUGUCAUUGCUUUCCCUAAUUUUGCUAUUGAUGGUACUACUAUAUUGUUCUAAGAAAACCUUAUUUAAUCAGUUGUUUAUAACAGUGGUGAUCUGUAUCCAGGAUGUUAUUCAACAAAUUAAGCUUUAUUAAACAAUGGUUUGAAUUGCAGAAUCUUUAAGAAUUCAGGUGAAUAUGCUCAAACUCUAAUUGUUAUUUAAUCAUUUGUUAAUGAUAUUGCAAGUGGAACAAGUUUAUAAAUAGUUAUUGAAUAGGUAACAUUACCAACUUCUGCUGCUUCAGCUGACAUCUUUUUAUAUACUGCAGAUGUAAAUAGUGCAAAAUUAGAAGCUUAUUAUUUUGAAGAUGCUGUAAAUCCUUUAGUAUAAAAUCCUUCUACAAUGACUACAACAGUAGCAGCUACCAGUGCAACAGUAUAGUCAAAUACAGUAUUUACAUUUACUAAUGUAAAUUUUGGAACAACUGCUCUGAAUGGAUAUUCACAUAUAGCUUAUAGAUUCCCAGCUGGUUAUUAUGAUGUAUCAAGUGCAACUGUAACAACAGGAGGAACAUGUGCUACUCCAAGUGUUUUAGAAAUUUAUGCACAUUGGAUUAUAUAGAGAUUCACUGGUGUUACAACAUGUACUUCAAAUAGGAAUGUUGCCUUCUCUAAUAUCAAUUAAGUUAAUAGUGUUGUCACUACUUUUUCUAAGUUAGCAUUUUAGAUUUAUACAUGUUUAACAAGAGUAUGCAAUUUCUUCACUGUAACAACUUAACCAAGUGUUCCAUAUACAGCUGCUUCUCCAGGAAGUUUAGCAGGAGUUGCUCCAAUAGAAGUGAGAUAUUUCCCAUAUUCUUUUAUAAAAUUUGAACUCACUUAUACUUGUUCAGGUCAUAACAUUCCUCUGGGUGGACAAGUAAUUUUAGAAGUAGAUUCAACAAAGUUUUAGAUUUAGAGAAUAGAAUUAAAAUCAGGAGGAAUAACAUCAGUUACUUAUAGUAAUGCUGCAGGAACAAUAACCACAUUCACCUUAUUAUCUUCAUACUUGAAAUCCUAAGCAACUAUAAAGUUCGAUGUUUAUGGAUAAUUACCUUCUAGCAUAGGAGCAUCAGGUGUUACUACAUUUACUUUCUCAUUGAAGAACAGAUAUGAUGGUGUUGAGAUAUCUUCAGAUUCAACUAAACCAACUUUUGAUAUGAAGACACCUUUAUCUAUUGUAUCGGCAUAAUCAUUUCCUUCAGUCUCAUCUUCAUAAUCAAUAUUAUCAAUAGUAUUGUUACCAGGAGCUAAAAGUGUUGAUAAUGAAUUACAUUUCUAACUUCCUACAAUUUCCACAAGUGAUACUAACAAUUUUAAAGUUUUUGUAUUUAUUGAAGGUAUGAUAAGUGGUUCUGGUUCAUGUUCAAUAUAAAUUGCAGAGGGUUCAUCUGCAGGUACUCCUUUAUGUAAUGUGGCAGGUGCCGAUAAAUUGGAAAUUACUGAUAUUGAUCCAAGUACAAUUUAAGCAGAAUUCUAUCUUAAAGUAUCAUAUGUAAAAAUUACUACUUUUGGAUUACUUCCUGUAACUAUUUAAAUAGUUGACUCGACUAACACAGUCUUAAAUAUAUUUACUGGUUCAGUAAUAGUCUAUGAAUUUUAAAUGGAAUCUAUAGGAGCUAGUUUUAAACACAAUACAAAUGGGGGAAACAGUAAUAUUUUAGAGAUAAGUUUUGAUCCACCUGCGAUUACUAAUUUUAAUGGUUUUGAUGGAGAAUUAUUUUUGGAUUUAUUAGGUUCCUUUACUUCUUUGCCAAGCUCAAUUAUAAAAGAAUAAUGUGAUUAUACUUCAGCUUAGAAUUUUGAUUGUGAGUUUGUACCUGCUUUUAGAUUAAAUUCAGUUGGAUCAACAAGUGCACAUAGAGAUCCAUUUAAUAAUAGAAUAAUUAUUAGCAAAUUUGAAUAACAAAGUACUAGCAUUAAUAGCAUAAAAAUAUGGUUUUAGUAUAGAUAUUCUACCCCAACAUUUUGGAUAAAGACUAAAAUGUUUUAGUUUGGUUAUUAUGUUAAAGGAUAAGGAAAUAAUUAGAUCUAUAAAUUUGGAUAAAACUUCUUAUUAUAAUUGAAUGAAUUAGACCCUUCAGCUCCAAUAUCAGGAUCUGGAUAAUUAAAUCAUAUUGGAUCUGCUUAAUCAAUUGGUACAAUAACAUCAUCUACAAUAUAUACAUCUUAGAGUGAUAAUACAUUUGAUGAUAAUGAUUAUGUAUCAAUUAAACUUGUUGGUGGAUAUUCAGUGAAAUAUGGUACAUAUAAUUAAAUGAAACUACUAUCAUCCACAGCUUCAAUGUCAUCAUCCUCAACAUCUACAACAUUAGAUAGUGGUUAUACUAUAUAAAGAAUGGGUUAUUUUGAAGGAAAGAUUGGCAGUGGAUAUUAAGAUCUACUAUUUACAUUGAGUAAUGUAGAAUUGCCAUAUUACCCUACUACUUCAUUAAGUGAUAUUGCAGCAAUUGUACUUAUUUUAGAUGGAACAACAAGAGAGAUAAAAGAGAGAUUUCAAUUGAGUCGAUCAACAGGUGCUAGUAGUUAAAGUUUUACAAGUUGCUCUGCUUAACAAAUUGAUUCCAACUCUUUCUAAUUUGAUUUCACUUUACCCUCUAAUUUUAAGACAUUUAAUAAUAAUGGAUGUGUAUCUACUUCAACAUGUUAUUAAUAUAUUGAAAUAACAACAACUACUGCUGCAUAUAAUGAUAUUUCAUAAUAUGAAGUUACUUGUGGUUCUGGAUCAUCAUUAAUCAAUCAAUAUAUUCCAUAUAAUGGAUAUCCACCAAAACUCUAAUAAAUUACUUCUAAUCCAUAUGGAAUAAGAUUAUCAGAAUAUCUUGAAAUGAAUAGUAAUAGUUAAAUCUGUAUCAAAUUCAGAAAGAAGACUGCAGCUACAGCUGGAUCUGUUACCUUCACUAUUACAAUCUAUGAGAAUCAAUCUUCACCAAUAGCUAUAGCAUCAUGCACAGCAGCUGCAAUUACUGCAUCAAAUACAGCAUCAGGACAUUAAUUAUCAGGAGUAGUUAAAUAACCAUUUGGAUUAUAAUUGUUUUAUGAUAAUUAUAAAGCUUUAGUGAAAAAUGUAGAAAGAUAAAUAACAAUUGAGUUCUCAUUACUUGCAGAUUUAGCCUCAAGUGGUUCUUUUACAAUAGAAACAAAUAAUUUAGGAUUGGGUAACUUUGAUAUAACAAGAAGAUUAAAAUGUAUGUUUAAAGAAAAGGCUACUUAAUUAGUAAGACAUGUUCCAUCUUUAUGCACAGUAGAUACGACAAAUAAAAAAAUUACUAUUACUUAUAAUAUAGCAACAUUAACUACUUUGAAUCCAAAAUUACUUAAGGAUAAGGUUUAUGAAUUAAUUAUUAAAUAUGAUCAACUAAGUAUCAAAUAUUUAUCAGAACCUGCAUUAUAAGGAUAAUAUCAAAUGACAUUUAAAUUCUUAGUAGGAACAACUGUUACUUAUUCUUAAAUAUUACCAUUCACUAUUUAUAAUAACUAAGUAUCUGAUUUAGUUACUUAAAGUUAUGUUGAUCACAUUUCUGAAAGUACUAACUUUUAUGUUAAAUACAAAGCAACUCAAUCCUUAGCUUCUUCUGAUAAUAUUGAUGUCUUAAUACCUAUCCGAGAAGUUCAAAAUGAUGGAACACUUAAAGUGUUAAAUACAAAUAAACUUAAUACAGCCCUUCUUAAUGGAUAAAAAAUUGGAUGUUUAGACAAAGUUGGAAAUUUGGGUAUUUAUUUCAAAUGCUAUUUAUAUUAUGGUAUAGCUGAUUUCUAAAGACCAUAUUCAUUUAUUAGAUUAACCAAUUUUACAGGUAUUUCAAGUGGAACAACAAUAUAAUUUGUGAUUUAAAAUUUAGUGAAUCCUUCAACAACUGAUUUAAUUAUGGAUUAUGAAAUUAGAAUUACAGGAGCUGACUCUUAUGAAUACACAUAUGCUUAUGCUGCUACUUAUACAUUACCAGCAUCAACAGCUACAUCUUCUACUACUGGAUCUUUAACAAUCACUCCUUUACCUUGUUUUUCACAAAUCAAUUAUGAAUAUUAGGUUACUCUAACAAAAGAUGUUAAUCCCAAUUAUGAAUCAAUAGUCAAAAUUAAUUAUGAUCCUCUUAUAUGGGGAGAAGAUUAUACAAUAUUUGCAGCCACUAUUGGUGGAACAGCUUCUAGAAUUGAUCCAUUAGAUUCAUCAAAUGUAUUUAUUGUUUUUCCUGCUGGUUAUUCUAGUGGAAGUUCUAUCACUAUUGCAAUAACAAAUGGUCUCUUUUAACCAAGUUAUGUUCUUACAAAAUCUCAUUAAGUUAAGGCAUUUUUCAUUAAUUAUUAAACCAAAGCAAUUGUUUAAUUGGCAACAACUACUUCAUCUGUAACAACUACUUAGGCUAACAUUGCUACUUAUGGUACAGUAAGUAGUAACUCUGAUUUAAAGAAAGACUUUUUGUCAGUCAUGUCUAUUCCUAUAACUUUAUUAGGUCCAAUUAAAACUAAUUACUAAUUUAGAAUCAUAUUCCCUUCUGAUUAUAUUUUAAGUAAUGGAUAUUGUAAGUCUUUUGAUGAUCUUACAAAUGUAGAAUAUUCAACUACUUGUUCAGAUAUAGAUGCAUAAACUAAAAAGAUUAUCUUCAAUACUUUAAUUAAAGCUACUAAAGCAUUCACAGUUAAAGUAUAAGUAUAAACUCCUACAACUGCUGGUAGCAAAAGCAUUGAUGUAAAAUUUUUCGCAGAUGAUUUGGAUACUUCUACUUUAUUAAUUCAGACAGAUACUUUGACAGCUUAGACAAUAAUUGAUUAUACAAAAAUGAGAUUAGCUAUGCCUUACAUCAAAGCACCCUAAAUCUUAUUGUAAGAUGGGGAAAUAGGACCAAUCACUUUAACUGUUAAAUUGACUAGUGCAAUAACAAAAUAGACAGACUCUGUGAUAAUAGAUACUUCUAAUUUCAUGACUGUUACAAUUAAUCAACCUAUUAAUACAAAGAGAUUAUAAUUUGCAUGCUUUUGGAAUAAUUUAGCUGCAAUGAAUUGUAAGAAUGGUGACACUUCAGCCAAUUAUGAUAAAAUUACAAUGUUUGCACCAUCAGAUACUGGUUUUGCAUCAGGUGAAAAAGUAACAAUAAAAAUUAUGAUAUGGAGACAUUAAGAAAUUGGAUAAACUGAUUUCACUUAUGAAUGGCAUGACAAUACUGAUGAUUCAGUACCUACAGCAUCUAUUAAAGAUAAAAUUAUAACUAUAGGUUCAACAGAUUACAAAAAGAAUGUUGUUUAUUAAAAUUACAGAUUUGAUGAAACAACAACAACUCCAUUCUAAACAUAUAUAGCUGUACAUUAAGGAACAAUAGAUACUUAUACAGAUCUUACAGUUCGUUUUAGAUUAAGAAGAGCAUUAGCUUCAAAUUUAAAUACAAAUUGGGGUUAAAUAAUUCUAAAAUUACCAACUUUGGAUGACUUUCUCAAUACAUAAACACAAUUCCCAAAUGGUUUAGGUAGAUUUACUAAAAAUGCCCAAGAGAUUGAUUGUUAUUGUAGUACUUGUCCAUAAAUUAGUAAUAUUGAUCCAUUGGAACCAUUUUUCAAAUGUUAUGUGUAUCAAGGAGCUAGUCAUAGAGUAGCACCCGUAGAAAUAUGGUUAAAUCCAUAAUAAGAUAUGUCAACAUAAUAAGUUGUUGAAAUAUCCUUCCCUAAAAUUAAAUUACCAUCUAUUUAAUAUACAUAUACUAAAAUAUCAAUGAUAGCAUAUGAAUUUUAAGCAAGUUCAAAAACAGUUAGAAAUCACUCAGAAAUAGUACAUUUUUAUACAUUCCAUACAAUUCCUGAUGCCUUUACUACAUAUACUGCAGUAACACCUCCUACAUUUACUGUAAAUCUAGUUGGAGCUAUGUCUGGAGUAACAGCAACAGUCAAUAAUCCUUAUGAUGAUCUUCUUGAUUAUUGUCAUGAUAGAUGGGUAUUAAGUACUGAUGAUGUUGAAACUAAAUUUGAACAUCCUUAUAAUCCAGAAACUGGUACUUUAUAUUCAAAUGGUGGAGCCUAUCCAUACAAUUAUAUUGAAUUCACUACUGCUACUAAUCAUAUAGUAGUUAUUUAUAAAUUAGCCAAAUGGAUAACAUUUGUUCCUAAAGUUGUGCUUACCAAAUCUGCUACAUAAACUUUGAAUAUUUAAAAAUUUAAGAAUAUGCCUUAUAUGAUACCUAGUGGAGUCAAUUAUAAAAUGACUUUAUUCAUAGAUUUAGGGGUUAGAUCUUAUACUGAAUAUAGUGUAUUUACAACUGCAUCAUAAUACAGAUUAGCAUAUUAACCAUCUACAACAGUUAAAUAAAUGUCUAUUGAUCCUAUUCCUGCUCCUGCUGAAACAGCAGCUCCUUAAACAUAUGAAUUGAAAUUCUUACCUUAUAAUAAAAUACCAAAGAAUGGUAAGAUAAUCUUUACCUUCCCUCCUUUACCAAGUUAUGAUUGGGUGUUUACUGAUCAAUAUUGUAUAGUCUCCUAAAAUUUACAAGAUAGUGGAUGUGAUAUUAUUCCAGCUAGUAGAAUUAUCAUAAUUAAGGAUUGGUUGAAUGAUUAUGAUCCUAAUAUUGAUGGAUAUUUAAGUGUUAAAUUUGAUAUUGUAAAUCCAACAAAUGUUUAAACUUAAGUUCCAUUUACUUGGAGAACUUAUUGGGAUUAGAAUUAGAAUACUUGGUUAAUUGAUGAAGAAACUUUCUUUGAAAAUACUCCAAAUACUUAAAUUAUUUAAGGAGGUAAUUUGAUUGUUACUCUUUGGGAUAGAUUCUAACAUCCUUAUAUUAUUUGUGGUGGUAGAAAAGGACCAAUUAGAUUAAGAUUUAUUCUAAGAGAUUAAAAUUUAGUUUAUCCAGAUGAUUAUAUUGAAUUAUGGAUGCAAAAUACUUUUUGGCCAGUUUCAACUUAAAAAUAUAUUGUUUGUUAUUUCAAUGAUCCUAAUGAUUUCUAAUUAGUAAAUAUAAAAUCUCAUAGAUGUGAUUGGACUAAUGGAGUAAAUGGUGGCAACUUAAAAAUUUAUAUACCUGAAGAGAUAGAUAUACAUGUAGGAGAUGAAUGGGAAUUAGUAAUUACAACAUUUGGUUAAUUUGGUGGUGAUGGAUGGGUUGUUAGAUCUCCAUCAGAUUUAUAUUGGAUAACAUUUUUUGCAAUGAAGAAUGGUGUAAAUACAAUAGAUAAAGGAUGGUUUGAAGCUAAAAUUCCAGGUUGUCCAUUUGAUAAUAAUGGAUUUGAUUGUUAAAGUGUUGGUUGGGAAGCAAGUACUGUUGGUGGUGAUCCAACAUGGACAAUUCUUAAUUUUACAGCUUAAACUGAAAAUAAUCCAAUUCCUGCUGGUGAUCCAAGUUUACUUACUUAUUCAAGAUUAGUAUUUGAAUUUAUUACACAUAAUGAAUUAGAAGAAUCUUGGCCAAUGGAUUUGACUAAUAGAAUGGCAGCUGCAGAUGAUAGAGCAUAAGUAGCUUGUAAUGGUAUGUAUAAGACAACAGGUGCAAAUAGACCAUUAUAACCUAAAGGUAAUACUUAUAUAGAAUGUUACAAUAUCAAAGCUGAAAAUAAAGUAUGGAAUAAUACUCCAUCUUAUAUAGUUGGAAGUUAUUUUGAUGCCAUUGCAGCAUCAGAAAUGUUCCAUUUCUAAAUUGCAGAUUUUCGUAAUGGUUAUGUUCAAGGAGCAUUCUAACAUGUCAAAAUUUCAGUAGAAGUCAAAUAAGAAGAUGGUACAUUCUAUCCAUAAAAUGAACAUUAUUGUUGGCAUCUUCCACCAUCUCUUUAUGCUCCUCCAACUCCAUCAACAGCAUCUACUUCAACAUGGAAUAUUUAACGAUCACAAGUUGCUUUAACUCAAUAAUAAUCUUAUUUUGGUGAUACCAAUGUAGAAAGGUUUGAUACUAUUGUUUAUGAUUUCAAUUAUCCUUAUACAUUGCCAAUGAAAGGAUAUUGUCUAUAAAGAAGAUACAAUGCAAACUUUUCUGAUGGUUACUUGUCUCCAUGCACACCCUAACAUUAUAAUCAUUGGUGGGUUAUGAGUGCUGCCAUUUAAGAUCCUGCUGUUAGAUGGUAUUAAAGAGAAUCUGGUAAUUUUGUAAAUCCACCAUUUGUUUAUAAAUAGAAUAAUCCUUCGAAUGAUCCAACCAUUUGGAAUAACAUUGUCUAAGCAUCACCAUUAAGAAUAUAUAUAUGGAGAGAUAAUAGAUUGAUUAGCAAUUAAACAUUCUAAUCAAAUGGAGGUAAGAUAUCUCCUACUACUGGAUAAUUAUUUAUUGUUAGUUAAACUACAACAAAUGAUAAUGCCAAAAAUACUAUGGUUAGACAUCAUAUAGGAAUUCAUUUUCAAACUACUACUUCAGCUAUGAAACAUAUUAGAUUAUGGGCACCAAAUGACUAUUAAAAUAUUUAAGAUUGUAAAGUUAAUAGAGGAUUAGUUAAUAGAGAUCAUGCUGAUCUAGAUAAUAAAAUUACUUGUGUCAUUACUAAAUUGCCUGCUCCUAUUGAUAAAUGGCUUAUAGAAAUUGAUAACUUCUAGACUUAUCAAGGACAUGGUGAAGAUUAAUGGAUGAUAAUUGAUUUUAAUUUGACCAAUCCCAAUGCUGAAAAAUGGACUGGUAGUUGGUAUGGUAAAACUUAUGAGAGUUUAACUAAUUUAUCAUAUGUGAUAGAUGAAUCUAAAGGUACAGAUGGAUAAACUUGGGUUGGAGAUUCUGUUAAAUAACCAAAUCUAUUUAGAGUUUGGAGAAAUACUAUUUCAUAUGAGAAUAGAAGAGCUUAGACUGAUGAUUAUGCUGAAGUUCAUAUGAGAGUUUUACCUAGAACAAGUCAUCCAGCAACAACAGAUAAUUCAAAUACAGAAGUACAAAUUUGGUUACCACUUGCUUAUGAUUUAGCCAAUGGAGGUGAUCCUCUUUGUUAAAUCAGUAAUGAAUAUCAUACAGAUUUGGAUUCUGUUAAUUGCAAAAUCACUUCAGACAGAAAGAUUACUUUAAGUACUGAUAACACUUAUGGAUUAAAACAAGAAUGUUCAAUGGUUACUGUGACAACUAAAAAUGCCAUUGGUGGAAAUGGUAUUAAAUUACCAUCUAAACCCUAAGAUGACACAUUCUAAGUUUUCAUAGAUUCAAAAGAUUCUAGUGGUAAAGUAUAAAGAGAGUACAAUUACAAUUAAGCUUAUGCAGUCCCAGAUCCAAUUACAUCUGCUACUGAUCCUACUUUUUCAAUUAAAUCAACUAUUAGAGAAGCAAAUCAAUUUACUGUUAUUAAAGCAACAUUCACAGCUCCACUUGAUAUUCCAGCAGGUUAUGAUACUUCCUCACCAGGUCAGGAUCCUUUAACUGCUCCUCCUAUUGGAACAUUAAGAUAUAAAUUUAAUACUAAAGAUUUUGUUAAUAAUGGAUAUUCUGGAUUCCCAUUAAAUCUUGGUUAAACAAGUACAAAUGUACUAUGUUAAGGUUUUGGAAAUUUGAAAGGUACAUUACAAUGUACAUUAAUUGCUUCUACCUAAGUUUCUCCAGAUUAUCCAGCAAUCAUUGAAGUUAGAGGUUUUGAUUAUAUCAGUGCAGGUGAUUUAGUAGAAGUUCAUUUUUUGAAUAUUAAAAAUGGAUUUACUUAUUAAAAUAAAGGAAAUGUCACUUUAUCAGCAUAUAAAAUGAAGGGUGAUGGCACAAAAGUAGAAUUAAUUUAAGAUUCAACUGGUUUUGUACCUGUUUAUGAUGCUAAUUGUUAUGGUAAUCUAUGUUAUAAAGUUUUUACCACAUGUCCAACCAAUACUCAAAUCUAUAUAGAUCCUAACACAGUGGGAGCUUUCAUGAAAGUGACUAUAGAAAAUAUAUACAUCAAUUGCACAAUUCCAUCCACAAUAUAUUAACCACUAUAGCCAGGAGACUAAGUAAUUCUUACAUUCCCUUAAGAAUUUGAAUUCCCAUCUGAAUCAAAUAAUGCUAUAUCUGCAAUAUGGAAUGAUAUUUAGAUGCAAACUAUUGUUUAUCCUUUGACAAGAGAAAUCUAUUUCACUUUCCCUGCAGGAUCAAGUCCAAUUACAGAUUGCCCUAAUAUAUUAAAGAUAUCUUAAUUAAGAGGUCCAGCUUAUUACUUCACAACUCCUUAUGAUAUUAGAAUGAGGAUUGUUAAAUCAUAAUACAGAAGAGUGGAUUGCAUAAUUAGUGGAGUCUAACCUCCAUUAGUAGCAGCACCAAGCACAUAAUCUAUGUUAUUAAGUAGUUAUUUUGCUGGUGAUAUCUUUGUUAAUUAUGAUUUCAAAUUUUCUCCAAGUUAUAAGAUUCCAGCUGGAGGUUCAAUUAAUAUUGGAUUCCCAAAUCGUGGUUUAUUAAAUUACAAUCAUGUUACAUCUAGUAAUCCUCCAGCUGUAUGUAGUUUACUCAAUUCAGUUUAUAUCACUAGUUGUGUAUUGAGUACUACUGGAAUUUAGGUAACUGUAGCAUAAGAUAUACCAGCAUAAUAAGAAUUAUAAAUAAAAUUAAGUGGAGUUAAAAAUUCUGAUUAUUCUGGAUAGACAUUACCAUCUGAUUAUUUAUUAACAAUGUAUCAUCCAAAUGGAUAGAAAGUAAAUGAAUAAGAAUUUUCACCAAUUUUAUUUUAUGCUAAGAAAAAUGUUGGUGUUAUUUAUAUGAAAUUAUCAAAUACUAAUAGCUUUUAAUCUGUAACAGCAUCAUAUACAUUUGUUAUUUAAAAUUCAUACACAGUUCCAGCAUCUGGAGAAAUUGUAUUAAAAAUGCCUAAAGAAUGGGCUUCUGUUGUAACUAAUUCAAUCACAUUAGCUAAAUUAAGUGCUUCUUGGACAAGUGAUGCUUUAUCAUAUACUUAUACAAUUGAUUCUUCUUCAGAUUUUAAUAAUUAUUUAUUAAAAAUCAAAAAUCAAUUUACUUGGCCUCAAGGAGGAUCUUUGACUCUAUUAAUGUUGAAAUUGAGAAAUCCCUCUUUUGAAAGUACUAAAAUAUUUUAAGCAUAAACUUAUUAUGAUAAUGUUUUACUUGAUUAGACAGAUCCAUUGGAUUCUUCUUUGAGAUUCAUAUAUAAACCUGCUGUUCCUUCACUUUAAAUUAACAAUUUCAUUAUGGAACCUUCAAAUGCAGGAGAAGUAUCAACAUAUUCUUUGAAUAUGACAACAAGUGGAAAUAUGACAUCUGGUAGCACAAUUCAAGUUUAAUUUCCAACUGAUACUUAUCCUCCAGGAUUAACUAGAUAUGAUUUAUCAUUAGGAUGUAAUUUAUUAUUCAAAAAUGGAACAAAUGUAACUGUUCCAUGUUCUGCUGCUAAUUCAAAAUUGACUGUCAGUUUAAAUGCUAAUAUUGAUUAAAGCACUGAAUUUACACUUUAAAUUGUAGGAAUAACAAAUCCAAAUUAUGAUACAUCUGCUAUAAAAGGAUCUAUUGAUGUAUUAACAACAGAUUCUAAUAAUAAUGUUUUAACUUAUAAUAGUGGAGCAGCUGAAAUUAAUCCAACAGCAGCACCAUAGACAAUGAAAUUAGUAAAAUUAGCUACUUCAUCAACAAAUUUACAAGUUAAAGCUGCUUAUACAUUAUGUGUUUUGACAGAUAUAAGUAUUCCUAUGGGAGCAUAAGUAUUUGUAGAUUUUCCAUAAUAAUUUACAUUUAAAUCAUCCUCUUAUCCUUGUUAUAUAAGUUUAGAUCAUAAUAAUGCUCUAUUGCCAUAUGACAAUUCAACUUCAUCUCCUUCUUGUAAAAAUUCAAAUUCUUUAAGAAGAAUUGCUGUCUCUGCCCAUACAGCUGCUUAUGUUGGUAAUUAAAAAGCUCCAGCUUAAUUAUGUUACAUAUUAGAGAAUAUUGAGAAUCCAAGUUCUGCUGGUCCUACUGAUAAUUUUGUAGUAAGUAUAUAUGAUACAUAAAAUAAAAAUAUUGUAGCAUAAACAUUUGGAACUCUAUCACCAAAUUCAACAUUAUCAUUUAGUUAAUAAGGAUUAGUAAUCACAGUUGAAAGUAUAGAUCCAUUACCUAGAUAUCUCACAACAAAACCCAUUAAAGUAACACUUCAAAGAUCUGUCAGUCACACUGUAACUUUAACACCUCAAUCAACUGAAUUUAAAUUCAUUCCACCAGAAUUAGUAUUUUUACCUGCUAAUGGACCUGAAAUGUAUUUCAAAAUCUAAGCAAUUGAUGAUGAUGCCACUGAAGUUGGACUAAAAUAAUUUAGUUGGCUCAAAGUAGAAUCAGCUACUGCUAAAUUUUCAGAGAUGGCUGAUUCUUUCUUUUAAUAUGUAGAUAAACCAACAGCUAAUUAAUUAUACAUGACAAUUAAUCCAAGAGUAUUUAGAGUAGCCUUAGGUGGAACAUCAUUACCUAUGACUUUAACUCUUUCUUAACCAGCUGCAUAAGACUUAUUAGUCAAUUUCACUACAAUAAAUCCUUAUUAAGAUAGUUCAUUAGUAUUUGAACCAAUUAAUGCAGCUGGAUAAGUCAAAUUCCCUGCUGGUACAACUUCAAUUUAACUUUAAUAUACUACUAAAUAAACUGCUUUAUCAGGCUAGAUUUAAUUUGAAAUAGUUGAUAAAUACAGUUCCUUAUAUACAAUUCUUGAUAAUAUAGUCAAUUUUGAAAUCUUAGAAACAGAUGAUAAAAUACCUGAAGUAGUUAAUUAUUAUGCUGUCAAUGUAAAAAGAACCAGCAUGUAUUUCAGAGCAAGCAUUGAUGAAAGUGUUACCUUGUAUUAUUAUUUGACUUUGAAAGGUAAUCCAAAACCCACAAUGGAUUAAAUAAAAUCUUAAUAAAAACUUACAAAUGUAUUUACUCAAUUUGGAAAUAAUCAAAGCUUUAUUGCUCCUGUAACUUAAGAUUAUAUUUAUAAUGAUGUCUAUUUAGAUCUACAAGGAUUAACAGAAUAAACAGAUUAUUCUCUUUAUUUCUUUGUUACAGAUUUAAGUGGAAAUAAUAAUACAGAAGUCAAAUAAUUCGAUUUCACAACAGCUGCCAAAUUCUAACCAGCAUAAUUCAAGAUCACUUUGAGUAAAGAUAUUGAUAUUGAAAAAUUAUUGAGUGCAUUUGGUUUAGUCACAGGAUUACCUUCUAGUAGCUUUGAAACUAUUGAAAGACCUAAGAAAUAUAACAUAGAUGGAGAAUUAGAUUCUGAUGUACAAUAGAUAUUAGAUUCCUAAACUGUCACUUAUACAUUCCAAAUAAAUCCAGAUGCAACUGUUGGUGGUCUUUCACCUUAUGAAUAUAUUAGAUUAAUCUAAUAAAAUUUAGAUCUCUUAUAAUCAGAAAUACCAGAAGUUGUAGAUUAAAAUAUUUUCAAUACUGCUUGGGAGUAUUUUGAAUAUCCUUAAGAGUUUAAGUAUAAUCCCAUUAAGAUUAAUGUCACAGAAGAUACUGUUUAUUUCAAUGUAUCACUUAGAUAUACUGGUAAUCUUUACACUUUGGUUUUACCUGCUGAUGCACCAGCACCUUCAUCCAAAUAAGUAUCCAUGGGACUUAAUUCUACAAAUUAUCCUGUUUAAAAGGUAAUAUUAAUAUUCAUUAUAUUCAUUAGGAAUGGGCCUAUAAAGUUAGAUUCUAAUAUAGUAAUAAAACUAGUACUGAUAAUCAAUAGCUAUAUGCUAUUUUCAAAUACACUCUGCUUUUUGAUAAUUCUUAUUACAAAGCAUAUUUUACUGCUGAUAACAAUUUAAUUAGCAAUCCAGAUUUAAUGACCAGUAAUUAUUUAUUUAAUUGUUAGAUGAAUAAAUGAAAUUAAUUGAAUUCAAAACCAAGAGAGAAAUUGUUAUAAUACCUAAAAAGUAUUUAUAAUCAACUUUAUUAUCUAUGAUAAUGAUAAUAAUCCUUAUAAUAGGAUGA